CUCUAGGUGAGGCGAACAGACGGACGCCCUUUAAUAGUUUGUACAUUGUCUGUGAUAUUUUGUGCCAGCCAGUGUAACUAUUAACCAUGAAGCUAAAGUCAGAACUCCUGAUACAGCCCUCGGGUGAGAUGUGGAAGAAAAUCAGGGAAGAAUUGAAGGAGGACCUUGAGACUUGUGAUAGGGACGCGGCGCUUAUCAGGGAUUGGCUGAAGAAGCAGCCGCAUCUGCCUGAUGACUGGGAUUACCAAUGUCUCCUCAACUUCCUUCGCGGCAGCAGUUACUCCCUGGAGAAGUGCAAGCGAAAACUGGACAUGUACUUCACCAUGCGAGCCGCUUGCCCUGAAUUCUUCACUGAGAGGGACAUCACUAAACCGGCCCUUAGAAGUGUUUUUGAUACGAAAAUACAAGGCCCACCACUUCCAGGGUUAACAGAGAAUGGAAGAAGAGUCACACUAAUCAGAGGCACCCAUCCCAACCUCGAUUCCAAGCAGAUCACAGACGUUCUGAAACUGGCCCUCAUGAUUGGAGACAUCCGACUGACGGAGGAGAAAGUAGGAGUGGCUGGAGACGUGUACAUAAUAGACGCCAGUGUCUUGGGACCUAGUCUGCUGGCUAGACUAUCUCCUAGCGUUAUCAAGAAAUUCCUGAUUUGUGUUCAGGAAGCCUAUCCAGUUAAGCUGAAAGAAGUCCAUAUCAUCAACACAUCGUCAAUCGUUGAACGCUUUGUCAACUUUAUCAAACCCUUCCUCAAAGAGAAAAUCAGGAAAAGGAUAUAUGUCCACAAAGGUUUGAAAGAGCUCGGCAAACACAUCCCUCUGGACAUGCUGCCAACUGAAUAUGGUGGCAAAGGUCCCAGCAUGGACGAUCUGCAUGAGCAAUGGCGCUUUAAGAUAGAAGAGUAUCGUGACUGGUUCGCUGCGCAAGAGUCAAUAAAAGCGAACGAGGCACUCCGACCAGGACGGCCGACCAACUAUGAUGAACUCUUCGGCAUUGAUGGGACUUUCAGACAACUGUCUAUAGAUUAAUAUUUACUUUUAACCUUUUGAACAAUACAAUGGAAACAAAAAGUCACUUGUCAAGGUCAUAAGGGCUGGUGCAGACGCAUUGAAGCCCAAAACGCAUCUUUAAUAUGUACGUUUAGAUUGUUUAGGUAUUUAAUAGUUAUUUGUUUUAGGUACAAGGGGGCAAAAUUGUUGUUUAACCGCACGUGCCAAUAUUGAUACCCAAGUAAGCGAAAGAUUCCAAUAUUGAACGGUGAGCGUUGCGAGGGUUUCAAGGCACGAAGGUUAAACAAACUUUGCCACCGAGUGAAACACAAAAUUUUUCACCACACCAACACGAAUAAAAUACCGACUAUAAAACGCCAAACUAAAUCAAAUCCAUCACUUUAUUCAAUAUUUAUGAUCUACCAGCCAGCUGAAGACAUCAAGUUAAAAU